AGGUAUUCAGAUGAUCCCUCGUUUCUUCACUGGAUGAAAAUAAUCUUUGGAAAUGUCGACAAUUUUCCUAUUAAGCCAUUGCAAGAGCAGAAAACAGCACAAGGCGGGAUGUUAACGCCCUCAAUGAGUGACAGGGGAUAACGAGGGAGCUGCAAUCUUGUUUGAUCCAGGGAGGGAUUGCCAGUUACCAAGCGACAUCAUACAGAAGGAACCAGGAACACUCCUGACAGUGAAAAACCAAUUGAGUGGUAAGAUGUACUCCUUUGGUGAUCAGUCUCCAGUGCAAUAUCAGAAACAUGUGGAAGAAGAAGGAGUGGCAGAUAUGACCCAGCUGGAAGACCUACAUGAUGCUGCAGUGUUGUACAAUUUAAAGAAGAGGUUUGAACAACAUAUUAUAUAUACAUACAUUGGCACCAUCCUUUUAUCUGUGAAUCCAUAUAAAAUGUACAACAUUUACGGGACUGAUGCAGUGUUGAAAUAUAAAGGGAAAUCAUUUGCAGAAAACCCACCACAUCUCUUUGCCGUUGCUAAUGUGGCCUAUUCAAAAAUGGUUGAUGCCAAACACAAUCAGUGCAUUAUAAUCAGUGGUGAAAGCGGAUCAGGCAAGACUGAAGCCACCAAACUGGUCCUCUGCUAUCUAGCUUCUGUGCACCACACAAAAAAAGACAGUGCAACACAACAGAUCCUUGAAGCCACACCACUUUUGGAAUCCUUUGGAAAUGCCAAAACUGUUCGAAAUGACAACUCCAGUAGAUUUGGAAAGUACAUUGAAAUAUUUUUGCAAAAUGGGGUGAUAUGCGGUGCCAUAACCUCGCAGUAUCUUCUUGAGAAGUCGAGGAUUGUGUUUCAGGCCAAAAAUGAAAGAAAUUACCACAUUUUCUAUGAGAUGCUGGCAGGACUCUCGAGCCAACAGAAGCAAAGGUUCUAUCUUCAGGAAGCUGAAACAUACUACUACCUGAAUCAGGGAGGAAAUUGUGAAAUUUCUGGGAAGGACGAUGGGGAGGAUUUCCACAGGCUACUCAGCUCAAUGGAGGUGCUCAGUUUUAGUCCAGAUGAACAGAACAGCAUCUUCCGCAUUCUAUCUUCAGUUCUUCACCUUGGGAAUGUCUACUUUGAGAAAUAUGAGACCGACUCACAGGAGACUGCUUCGGUGGUAAGUGCUCGUGAGAUUCGAGUGGUGGCAGAACUGUUACAGAUUUCUCCUGAGGGGCUGCAGAAGUCCAUCACGUAUAAAGUGACACAAACCAUGAGGGAGAAAAUUUUCACCCCUCUAACUGUGGAAAGUGCAGUUGAUGCCAGAGAUGCUGUUGCCAAGAUUCUUUACUCCUUGCUCUUCAGUUGGCUCACUGACAGGAUAAACAAGUUGGUUUCCCCAAAGACAGAAUCCUUGUCCAUAGCAAUUUUAGAUAUUUACGGAUUUGAGGAUUUGUGUGUUAACAGCUUUGAGCAGUUAUGUAUUAAUUAUGCUAAUGAGUACCUACAAUACUUCUUCAAUAAGAUCAUCUUCAAAUUGGAGCAGGAGGAAUAUAUCAGAGAACAGAUCGAUUGGAAGGAAAUUACUUUCAGUGACAACCAGACUUGCCUCGAUCUCAUUUCACAGAGGCCUCAUGGGAUCCUUAGGAUACUGGAUGACCAAAGCACCUUCCCACAGGCAACUGACCACACUUUCCUGCAAAAAUGUCACUAUCACCAUGGCAACAACCCUCUGUACUCAAAGCCAAAGAUGCCUCUGCCUGAAUUCUCCAUUAAACACUAUGCUGGGAAAGUGACAUAUCAAGUCUACAAAUUUAUUGAGAAGAAUCAUGACCAAGUUCGACAAGAUGUCAUAGAGUUGUUUAUCAACAGCAAAAUAAAGAUUCUGACUAGUCUCUUUGGACAAACCAGGAAAGUGAUGUCAACUGGGAACAAUACUAUUAACCGCAGAUACCAGGCUCCCACUAUAGCAGCAAAAUUCCAACAGUCUCUGAUGGAACUGGCCGAGAAGAUGGAAAGCUGCAAUCCUUUCUUUGUCCGCUGUAUCAAACCAAACAAUAAAAAGGAGUCCGAACUUUUUGAGGUCGAUGUUGUCAGCUUACAGCUACGCUAUUCCGGAGUUCUAGAAACUAUCCGUAUCAGGAAGGAGGGAUAUCCUGUCCGUAUUACAUUUGAUAAUUUUAUCAAGAGGUACAAAAUCUUAUUGGGAUUGACAAAUCAGAUAAAGGCAGACGGAGAAAACUGUACAACCAUCUUGAAACAGAUUGUACCUGUCAGCAAAGGAAUGUACAGCAUCGGGCUCACCAAGCUUUUUCUCAAAGAGAAUUUAUAUCAGGCCUUAGAGAGCAAACGGGAUGGCCUCCUGCUCAUUGCCUCCCUGACCUUACAGCGGUAUGCACGUGGAUUCUUUGCAAGGAAACGUUAUAUAAAACUCCGGAGAACAGCCAUUCAGCUGCAGGCUUUGGCCAGAGGCUAUCUCGCCAGAAAAAAAUUCCAAAAGUUUAAGGAAAGUUUGAUCAAAGUACGAUCUGUUGUCCUCAUGUUUACAAAUCGCAGAAGAUUUCUCAGACUACGAGAACAGAAACGUGAGAGGAUUGAGAUGGAACAAACGAUGAGGGAAGUGGUGAAUGUUACUCACCUGGACAUUCCUGCUGAGUUGGCCUCCUUACUCCAAGCAGCAGCAGCUGAUAAAGAAAACCAGAAUGAAUGUAUUAUCCAGAGUGAAACUCCAAAGGUCCAAUCACAGGAACAGCUAGUAAUGGCUCUUGAUAUCAAUAACUAUCCUUUUUCCAACUUUGUACGGACUCACUUCAAGAAGCACUUAUUUGGUAUGUUGACCACUCCACUGGAUGAAGCUCUGACCCAGUCAGAAGAGGAUUUGAAAGAAGAAGCUGUUAUGGUCUUCAAACUGGUAAUGAGAUUCAUGGGUGAUCCUCAACUCAAUGGCGCUCAAGAAAUCCUCUUUGGUGAUUACAUAGCGCAGACUGGACUAGCUAACCCCAAUCUGAGAGAUGAAAUCCUUGCUCAACUAGCCAAUCAGGUGUGGAGAAAUGCCAAUGAGAAGAAUGCAGAAAGGGGCUGGCUAUUAUUCGCUACCUGCCUCAGUUGUUUCGCUCCUUCUUCCAGGAUGGACAAGUACCUGUUAAAGUUUGUUUCAGAUCAUGCCUAUGAUGGGUUUAAAUCUGUGUGUCAGCACAAGCUCAUGCAGGCAAUGCAAAAGGCCAGGUAUGGUGCGGAUGGAGCCAGAAGCUACCCACCAAGUCUGCUGGAGUGGGCAGGCAACAAGAGGAAGGGCAACAUUGCUUUAAAUGUCUCCUGCUUUGAUGGUGUGAGGUUUCUGUGUCCAGUGAAUUCAUGGACGACAGGAGAGGAACUGGGACAAGAUAUUCUGUGUCACAGGGGUGUGACAGAAGGCUGGCGAGGUUGGUCAGUGGCAAGGAAGAGUAAAGGUGAAUGGGCCGAGCUUGGAGGUCAUGACUAUGCAAUGGACCUUGUGUCUGACCUGGAACUCAUGACAGAUUUCCCAAGGCAGAAAUCCUACUUCAUCAUUUCCUCGGAGGAAAAGUCAAGAAACCAGAAGAACAAAAAUGUCAGUGUCUUUGGCCAUGGUUUCGACUCUGAUGACGAUAUUCCCUCCCCUCCCGUCACACAGGCCCCCACCUUUAUGCCAAACUCAUCUGGACACAUUUCAGGAUCCACUGGGCAAGAUUCCAAUGCCCUCAAUGAAAACCGCUCUCAAAAAGGACUUGAUCGCUAUCUUGAUAGCCUGUUUGAUCCUGUUUUAUCACAUGAAAAUGGGGAUUUGGAGCGAUCUUCCAUAGUGUCAGCUCGAAUGAAGGGAGGUGGGAAAGUAGGAGCCGGCAAUGGAUUUGAGACUCAGCAAAAUUCUGAGACACCUACAGACAUCCCUGGAGCCCAUCAAGGCUAUGACCCUUCACAAUUGAAUGCCCAGCAGCAAGAUUUCAUUAACCAGCAAGCCUACCUCCUGGCCCAGCAAAUGACCCUGCAGGCCAUGACCCUUCAAAACCAAAUGACUAGUGCCAGCCCACCCCUCACCAGCCUUAACCGUGAUCCUAAUGUUGCCAUGAAAGCCACCAAUAGCACCCAGACUGCACCAGCUACAGCACCCAAACCAAAAGUGGCCUUCCCUCGUCAGACUAAUGCUGCCAACAAAGACCCAACCCAGCUGCUGACUCCCCAUGAUGCUGCCAAAGGGAAGCCACCUGUCAACAGACCCAGUGCUGCUGAAACCCCAAAACCCAAAGUUAUAAUACAAGGUCCUGUGCGUCACACCACACUUAAUUCGGAGCACUUUCCAGAGCCAACACACAACAUCAAGGAUAUCAUCAGACAAUAUGAACAACCAUCAACUCAGAAGAAAACUGGGCUAAUCAGAAAACAAGGUGGUAAAAUAUUUGCCAAGAAAAUGGACCCUCAUGAAGAGGCAAUGUUUAUCUUGCAACGACAGAUAAUACCACAUGUCUCCCAGAAGCCAGCACCUGCACCAUCAAGGGAUAAGAAUUCCAAAGAAGCCGUUGCCAUGGUGAAGCCUGUCAGUGGCGUGACACAGAAGAGCAGCACCCGACCAGUGCCAGCUGUCUCUGCCAGGCACCCUGUGUUCUCGGGAGCAUCAAUUUCCCGAGAGCUGACAGGAGAAGAUGAGAGGAUCCAGACACAGCUCCAUGGGCAGCCCACUGAAGGAUACUACACUUACAGCAAAAUGUCCUGCGACCUCUGUAUCCGCAAAGAGGUGUUUUAUCCCAAGGAGAGUUUCCACAGCCCGGUGAUACUGGAUCUUAUUUUCAGACAGAUUGUGAGUGACACGUUCUCUGAAACCUGUGUGCGACUGAACAAAGAGGAGCAGAUGAAGAUGAAAUCAUUACUAGAUGAAAACAAGAUUCAAUCCUCAACUUUGGUGAAGGAUGAAGCUGUCAAGAGGAAGAUUGUAAUGGCUGCCAAAGAAGCUUGGGAUGUUUAUUUCUGCCGUCUGUUCCCUGCCUCUGGCAGUGUGGGUACUGGAGUGCAGAUUUUGGGAGUGUCCCAUAAAGGAAUCUGUCUAUUAAAACUAGUGAGAGCCAGCAGCACAGCAGCAGAAAAUCUGAGGGUCCUCAGGAGCUACAGCUACUCGGACAUCUUAUUCGUCACCAUCCCUUCUGAGAACAUGCUAGACUUCAACCUCACCAAUGAAAAGCUGAUUCUGUUUUCCUCCAAGGCUCCACAAAUUAAGAGUAUGAUUGAUUACUUCAUCACUGAACUGAAGAAGGAUUCUAACUAUGUAAUAGCAGUGAAGAGUCACAUCACAAAUAACAGCUCCUACCUACGAUUCCACAAGGGUGACAUCAUUCGUCUGCAACCGAUGGAUGGUCUCGAGGAAGACUAUUGCUACGGCUGUAUAGUCAGGAAGAAGGUCAUAUACCUCGAGGAGCAAAAGAAAUAUAUUCCUGAUUUUGGGUGGAAGUUUGGAGCAUUCCAUGGCAGGUCUGGGCUAUUCCCCCUAGAAUACGUGCAGCCUGUGGCUGCCCCAGACUUUAUUCACCUUAGCACGGACAAGAAAGAAGAACCAAUCGACAAAAAGGGCAAAGUGGCAGCUUCAGCCUCAGCCACCGUGGCAGCUGCUGUGGGAUCGACAGCAGCAGCUGAAGAACUGGACAGAAAGUCAGAGGCCUCUCCACCAGUCAGUGAGCUUAUAGAGAGUAUACCCGAAUAUGUCCUUCAGGAUAACCAGUACACCAUGACUGAAUUUGCCAAGAAAUACUUCCGUCAGCCCCACAAGUUAAAAAGUGAGGUCACCAAAGAGAAAUCUAAAAAAGGCAGAGAUCCCAAAGACUCAGCUGAGCUGGUGAAGUAUACAAAGACUCCAAUCCAAGAGUCACUGAUUGAGUUCUCUGAUGAGAAUUUGAACAAGAUAGCAGCUGAGAUCUUCAUUGCUGUCAUGAAAUUUAUGGGGGACCAUCCACUCAAAGGGCAGACAGAACAAGACACUGUCUAUAGUAUUCUUAAGCUGUGUGGGGAACAUGAAGUAAUGAAAGAUGAAACCUACUGCCAGAUUAUCAAACAGAUCACUGACAACACCAGCUCAAAAAUUGAUAGUGCUCCACGAGGCUGGAGGCUGCUCUAUAUCCUCACUGCCUAUUACAAGUGUUCAGAAGUGUUCAAGCCGUACCUCUUUAAGUUACUGGAGUCUGUUUGCAGGAUUCCUGGUGCCAGUUUUCAAGGAAUUGCUAAAGCUUGUGACCACAAUCUGAAGAAAACCUUCCAGUUUGGUGGCAGGACCCAGUUUCCGGAUGGCAUGGAGCUCAAAGCCAUGGUGGCUGGGAGAAGCUCCAAACGACAAAUGUUCUUGUUGCCUGGUAACAUGGAGAGACAUCUGAAGAUAAAAACCUGCACAGUUGCAAUUGAUGUGAUUGAAGAGUUUUGCAAUGAAAUGGGACUUCAAAACUCGGAGGCUGCAGAUGAAUAUUCUAUAUUUGUUAUCACCAACAAAGGACAAAAUGUGCAUCCACUUAAAAAGAAAGAUUACAUCCUUGAUGUAAUUACAGAAAUGGAACAAGUUGAUCAAAACUUCAUCUUCUGUUUCCGACGUGUGCUCUGGUUUCAACCGCUGAAGUUUGAGAAUGAGCUGUGUGUGACUGUGCAUUAUAAUCAGGUUGUUCCAGAUUACUUGAAAGGACUCUUCCAUGUACUGAAUCAGAAUUUGAUGAGUGAGAGUCAGCUCCAACAAGUGUCAAAGUUGGCAGCUCUGCAACAACGGGCAAAGGACAAUCUGUAUCUGCCUACCAUCCGCGAGGUGCAGGAUUGCAUUCCUCCACAGAUUUACCAGCAUCAGCGACCACAGUCCUGGUUGAACAUGGUGACAGAGAAUAUCCAAUAUGUUCAGGCCCUCAGCUCUCACCAAGCCAAAGCCCAGUUCCUUGGGCUUGUGAGUGCAUUCCCCAUGUUUGGAUCCUCAUUCUUCUACAUCCAGAGUAGCAGCAACAGUGCAAUUACUGCCCCUUGUAUUCUGGCUGUCAACCAGAAUGGACUCAAUUUCCUCAACAACGAGACACAUGAGCUGAUGGUCAAUUUCCCAUUGAAAGAGGUACAGUCCACUCUGACUCAACAAUCAGGCCCUAGCAAUAGCUAUCCAUAUGCAGAGAUUAAACUGGGAGAUUUAACGUCCCAAAGGAUAACACAACUUCAGCUUGAUCAGGCUUUGGAAAUGUGUCGUGUCACAGCCAUGCAUGUGGAGUCCAUGCUGCUGGCUCGAGAGAAGAGGCUGACCCUCCCACCGAGUGAGAUUACCUUGCUGUGAUUGACACUAAUCAUUGCGCAAUUGCACCCAUUGUUGAAGGAACUGAUACUGGAACUGUCAGACUCACUAUUUCAUCACAAGCUGCGAGACCAUAGAUAAAGAUGCUACCUGCUACCAAUUGAUACAUUGGAAGGAACCAGAUACAAAACCAUAAGACCAUAAGACAUAGGAGUGGAAGCAAGGCCGUUCGGCCCAUCAAGUCCACUCCGCCAUUUAAUCAUGGCCGAUAGGCGUUUCAAUUCCACUUACCCAUACACUCCGCACAGCCCUUACUUCCUUGCGAGAUCAAGAAUUUAUCAAUCUCUGCCUUUAAGAUAUUUAACGUCCCGGCCUCAACU